UCUUUUCUUUGGUAGCGGUUUGUACUGGUACAUAUUCUGGUUUUUCCUUCGUGACAAAGAAAUCCAUCUUUUGCGUUUCCUUUAUUUUUGGGCACAAUGUGUGUAAAACAGAAUUGAGGUGAUUUAUUUUGGAUAAUCUGAGUUAAGAGCUAGCUAGGGAUGGAAGGGGUUUCUUCUUCUACUAGUACUAGUACUAAUAAGAAGAAGAGAGCAUGGCCUAAAGAUGACUUUAUUGAUUUGGUCUUCUCGUGGUCUAUCGAAAAUAUUUUUGAUGACACUCUGUAUGAAAAUCAGGUGGAGAAGAUUCCAGAAUCAUUUGAAUCAGUGGAGCAUUACUUGGGUUCAUUUUUCUUCCUUUUACUGGAAGAAACACGAGCAGAUAUUGCUGCUUCCUUGGAGGUCAUAGACAAAGCACCUUUUGCCGAAUAAAUCUCCUUUGAUGAAGUAAAACCACAUGGCACAUUACUUUUUGAUGUUAAGGUUGAUUACUGGAGGCAUAUAUUCAGUGAUGGGAAAGAGCCUUACAGAACAUUACCUGGAGAUAUUGUUAUUAUCUCAGAUGCUAAACCUGAAACUGCUUCUGACCUGCAGCGACUUGGAUGGAAUUGGACCUUUGCAUCUGUAACUAAUAUCAGUGACAAUGAGAACGAUGAUUUAAAUGCAUCCACUAAUUUUAAAGUCAAAGUUGCUAGAGAUAUUGGAAUUUAUAAGGGAGUGCAAAAAUCAUUUUAUAUAGUGUUUUUGAUAAAUUCGAUACCAAAUAAGAGAGUAUGGAAUGCGCUGGGAAUGAGAAACAAUUUGGACAUUAUUGAGAAAGUUCUGUGCAGCGGGCAUGCGAAACAGCGCGAGAAUAAAUGUGAUGUUUGUUCUACAUCCAUUAAUGAUGGACCAGCUGGAGAAGUUGUUAACAGUCUGUUGACUACGCUGAAUGUUUCUCAGGCUAAUGCAAUCUUGACCUCUCUUGAUACAUUGAAAUGUUGCCACAAGCCUUCCAUUGAACUCAUAUGGGGUCCACCUGGUACAGGAAAGACUAAGACUACAAGUGUCAUGCUCUUCAUACUGUUGAGAAUGAAGUAUAGAACUCUUACUUGUGCCCCAACAAAUGUAGCAAUAACACAAGUAGCUUCUCGGUUGGUUAAACUGGUCAGAGAGUCAUUAAAAAAUCAUUCUGCAGAAAUGGAUAUCGUUUGUCCUUUGGGUGAUAUUCUCUUGGUUGGGAAUAAGGACCGGCUAAAAGUUGGUCACUAUAUUGAGGAGAUUUACCUUGAUUAUCGUGUCGAUAGGCUGGUGGAAUGCCUGGGACCACUGACUGGCUGGAAACACUGUAUAAGUUCCAUGAGUGGAUUUCUAGAAGAUUGUGUUUCUCAGUACCACAUCUACGUGGAGAAUGAGUUGAUCAAACUGAAGGAACUUGCUGACCAAGAGGAAGCACAAAAAGAAAAAGCAAAAAUCAGCUCAUUGAUUGAUUUUGCUAGAUCUCGGUUUAAUUCUACAGCAUCAUCUUUGAGAAGAUGCAUGUUUGUAUUCUGUACCCAUCUACCGGUAUGUUUUAUUCAAGAGGAGAACUUUGAAAGAAUGGUGCGCCUUAUCUCCCUACUUGAUUGUUUGGAGGGAAUGUUAUUUAAAGAGAAUGUUGGUUCUAAAGAACUGGAAGAGCUAUUUUCAUCUCAGCAAACAAUUGAAGUCUCUUCUGAGGCCGUUUUGGAUGAGUUUUCUUUACGUUGUUUAAGAAGCCAGUGCCUUGGUCUUCUAAAAGAUGUUCGCCAAUCACUUGGAAAACUGAGUCUUCCUAGUGCUAUGAGUAAGGAGUCGAUUAAGGAGUUCUGUUUCCAAGUGGCUUACUUGGUAUUGUGCACUGCUUCUAGUUCAUAUAAGCUUCAUUCACUGGAUAUCAAGCCAUUUGACUUAUUAGUCGUUGAUGAAGCCGCCCAAUUGAAGGAGUGUGAAUCUGUCAUACCAUUCCAACUUCAAGGUCUGACGCAUACUGUUUUGGUGGGCGAUGAGUGUCAACUGCCGGCAACAGUUAAGAGUCGAGUUUCUGAAGAAGCUGGCUUUGGAAGGAGCCUUUUUGAAAGACUCAGUUCACUGGGACAUUUUAAACACCUGCUUAACAUACAGUACCGGAUGCAUCCAUCAAUUAGCCAAUUUCCAAAUUCAAGUUUCUAUCAUAAUCAAAUUCAUGAUGCCCCUGAUGUAAGGCAUAAAACGUAUGAGAAAAGAUAUCUUCCGGGAAGGUGUUUUGGUCCAUAUUCCUUUAUAAAUGUUCCAUUGGGUAAAGAAGAACUAGAUGAUGUUGGACAUAGUCGAAGAAAUAUGGUUGAAGUGGCUUUAGGAUGAAGAUAGUGCAUAACUUGUUCAAAGUUUGGAGUGGCUCCAGGAAGAAACUCAGCAUUGGUGUUAUAUCACCUUAUUCUGCACAAAUUUUGGCCAUACAAGGUAAACUUGGGCAGAAUUAUGAUAACCUGGAGGGUUUUGAAGUUAAGGUGAAGUCAAUAGAUGGAUUUCAGGGAGGGGAGGAAGAUAUAGUAAUAUUAUCUACUGUGAGAUCUAAUCGUGGUGGAUCGAUCGGUUUCUUGUCUAGCUUUCAAAGGACUAAUGUUGCUUUGACCAGGGCUCGGCACUGUCUUUGGAUUCUUGGCAAUGAACAAACGUUACUUGAGAGCAACUCUGUUUGGCAAGCAUUAGUUCUUGACGCCAAGAGUCGUCAGUGCUUCUUUCAUGCUUCAGAAGACAAUGACAUGAGGACAACAAUUUUAAAUGUUAAGAAAGAAUAUGAUCAGCUGGACGAUUUACUUAAUCCAGAGAGUAUUCUGUUCAAAUCUCAAAGAUGGAAGGUACUCUUCAGUGACAAUUUUAGAAAAUCCUUUGUAAAGCUGGCAUCCUCCCGCCUGAGGAUGUCUGUGAUAAAUCUUCUAGUUAAGCUGGCUAGUGGAUGGCGUCCCAAGAAAAGGAAUGCGGACUCAAUUUCCGAGAGUUCAUCUAAAAUUGUAAAACAAUUUAAGGUUGAAGGGCGAUAUGUCGUUUGCACGGUUGAUAUUCAGAAAGAGUCCACCUAUACUCAAGUGCUGAGGGUUUGGGAUAUUUUGCCCUUGGAGGAGGUCACAAAAUUGUCAAGGCGCCUUGAUAUCAUAUCUUCAAUGUACACUGAUGAAUUCAUCAGUCUUUGUAAGGAAAAGUGUCUUGAGGGGGACUUGGAAGUUCCAAAGAGUUGGAAGCUCUAUCGUGAUAUCAUUCAGUACAAACGUGUUACUGCGAGCGAAUUGAAUAAUGAAACAACUGGUGCAAUAGAUGGUAGAAGUUAUGUUGAAAAUUCAAGAGUCAGUGAAAGCUUAUUACUAAUGAAAUUUUACUCUUUAUCGUCUGGUGUUGUCAACCAUUUGCUCUCUAAUCACCAUGGUGAAGAAUUAGAUCUCCCUUUUGAAGUUACUAAUGAAGAGAGGGAGAUAAUCCAAUUUAGUAGAAGCAGUUUCAUCCUUGGUCGCUCAGGCACAGGAAAAACAACAGUUUUGACCAUGAAGUUAUUGCAAAAGGAACAACAACACCACAAUGCUGUCGAAGGAUUAAAGGAAAAACAAGAUGCCAGUCAGCGUGCAGAGGAAAUAGGAUUUAGACGACAUGAGGAAAAUGAGGAGGAUACCUUGCGCCAGCUUUUCGUAACAGUUAGUCCUAAACUUUGUUACGCCGUCAAACAACAAAUCUCUCAGCUGAAAAGCUUCAUUUGUGGCAAAAGUUUCUCAGCUGAAAGCAGCUUGCGCGAAACUGAUGAUUUGGAUGGAACGUCACAGUUUAGAGAUAUACCGGACUCUUUUAUUGACAUCCCGUACGUGAAGUACCCUCUUGUGAUCACAUUUCGUAAGUUCCUAAUGAUGCUUGAUGGAACUAUAGGUCAUUCCUAUUUUGAUAGGUUCCAUUUGAAGUGGGAGCUUUCCGAAGACAAAAGUUUGAGGUCAAUCACUUUGCAAACUUUCAUAAGAGAGAAGGAGGUCAAUUAUGAUCGCUUUUGUAGUUUGUAUUGGCCUCACUUCAGUACUCAUUUGACCAAGAAUCUUGAUUCUUCAAGGGUGUUUACCGAAAUACUUUCUUAUAUAAAAGGGGGGCUGAAAGCAGGGGACUUUCCUGACGGGAAACUCAGCAAAGAGACUUAUAUUUCAAUGUCAGAAUAUCGGGUCUCUACUGUAAGUGCAGAACAAAGAGAGAGAAUAUAUAGUAUUUUCCAGGAUUAUGAAAAAAUGAAGAUCGAGAGUGGUGAAUACGAUUUAGCUGAUUUAGUUAAUGAUCUUCAUCUUCGGCUAAAAUUUCAGUAUCUGGAUGGGGACAAGAUUGAUUUUGUAUAUAUUGAUGAAGUUCAAGAUCUCACUAUGAGACAAAUAGCUCUUUUCAAAUAUAUUUGUAGAAAUGUUGAUGAAGGCUUUGUAUUCUCUGGUGAUACAGCACAGACAAUUGCUAGGGGGAUAGAUUUUAGGUUUGAAGACAUUAGGAAUCUAUUCUACAAUGAUUUUGUUAUGGAAUCAAAGGGUGAUGAAGUUGUCGGAAGAAGAGAUAAAGGACAUCUAUCACGUGUUUUUCAGUUGAUUCAGAACUUCCGGACACAUGCUGGUGUGCUCAAGCUAGCACAGAGUGUAAUUGAUCUGCUUUGUCAUUAUUUCCCUCAGUCUGUUGAUUUCUUGAAACCUGAGACUAGUCUUAUAUAUGGUGAGGCUCCCGUGUUGCUCAAGCCUGGAGCUGAUGAAAAUGCAAUUAUAACUAUUUUUGGGAAUAGUGGGAGUAUUGGAGGGAAAAUAAUAGGUUUUGGUGCAGAGCAGGUCAUACUAGUGCGGGAUGAAUCUGCUAAGAAGGAAAUCUCAGGUUGUAUCGGAAGGCAAGCUCUUAUUUUGACCAUUGUUGAAUGCAAAGGCUUGGAGUUUCAGGACGUGCUGCUUUACAAUUUUUUUGGGUCAUCGCCGCUUAGAAAUCAGUGGAGAGUGGUAUAUGAGUUCAUGAAAGAACAAGGUUUACUGGAUUUAUCCUUCCCAAGUUUCUGUGAAGCAAGACAUAAUGUCUUGUGCUCUGAAUUAAAGCAGCUUUAUGUAGCUAUAACUCGAACUAGGCAAAGGUUAUGGAUUUGUGAAAAUAUAGAGGAAUUUUCCAAGCCUAUAUUUGACUAUUGGAGGAGGUUGUGUCUAGUGGAAACAAGGGAGAUAGAUGAUUCACUUGCACAAGCUAUGCGAAGUUCCAGCAGUCCAGAGGAGUGGAAGUCAAGGGGAGUGAAGCUCUUUUGGGAGAAAAACUAUGAGAUGGCAAUUAUGUGUUUUGAAAAAGCAGGAGAAAAGAAUUGGGAGAAAAGGGCAAAGGCGGCUGGAUUCAGGGCAGCUGCUGAACGAAUUCGUGAUUCAAAUCCCAAAGAGGCUUUCACCUACCUACGUGAGGCUGCUGAAAUAUUCGAUUCUAUUGGAAGAUUUGAGUCUGCAGCUGAAUGUUUUUAUGACUUGAGGGAGUAUGAAAGAGCAGGUAAAAUUUAUUUGGAGAAGUGUGGAAAACCUGAACUGGCAAAAGCUGCUGAGUGUUUUACACUGGCUGGAUGCUAUGAGCAGGCAGCAGGAGUUUAUGCAAAAGGCAAUUAUUUCGCUGAGUGCUUGUUAGUUUGCACGAAAGGAAAAUGUUUCGACUUGGGUUUGAAAUAUGUUGAGUACUGGAAGCAAUAUGCUGGCAAGGGCAAUACUGCAGGGAAAGAAGCUCCUGGAAUUGACAAAAUUGAGAUGGAGUUCCUGGAGAAUUGUGCAUUUAAUUAUUGUGAGCUCAACGACAGAGAAUCCAUGAUGAAAUUUGUUAAAGCAUUCCCUUCAAUGGAUAUGAAACGCAAAUUUUUGAAGUCUCGGGAGUGUCUUGAUGAGCUGCUGUUGUUAGAAGAAGAAUUAGGAAACUUCACUGAAGCUGCAGAAAUUGCAUGGCUGGAAGGAAAUAUUCUUCGUGAAGCGGAUUUAAUUGGGAAGGCACGGGAUUUUGACAAGGCAUCUUCACUCAUCCUUUUAUAUGUUCUCUCUAACUCCCUAUGGGUGCCAGGAAGUAAAGGUUGGCCUCCAAAGUCAUUCACACAAAAGGAGGAACUUCUGCAAAGGUUAAUCUCAUUUGCGAGGCGUGGCUCCAACUUUCAAGCCAUGUACAUUGUGGUUAAAGUUUUAUCAAAUGAGUCAAGUGACUGGUCUACCGUGAAGCACCUGUUCAUUGCGUCUCAGAAAUGCAAGUGUCUAAUUGCUGAAAUGUUGUGCUGUAGAAAAAACUUGGAUGUUCAUUUUGAAAGUAAUGCAGCAAAGUAUGAUUGGCAUGAUAUGGAAUCCGUCAAUAUACAAAGUUCGGAAGAACUGAUUUCAUGCAGCCAGGUUAGUAUCAGGACACUGCUUCUGUUUUGGAAUUUGUGGAAGAAGAAUAUAAUUGGUCUUCUUGAAUCUCUUGAUGUCCUUGAUGUUGAAGAAUUUGGUGAAAAUAGGAAUUUUUGUGAUUUCUGCCUAAAUUACUUUGGUGCAAGGCAGCAAUUGAAUGAUCUUAAUGUUACAUAUGUUCUGUUGCAUCCAGCAGCCGAAUGGGUUAAAAAAAUUAACCCAAGUUUCAUUAGACGGAGCAAAAAGAUGGUAUUUAUUGAUUCCCGGCAUUUUAUUUAUGCCGCUCGAAAUCACUGGCAUUCAGAAUUACUCCUUGUAGGUUUGAAAGUUCUGGAAACUCUGGAAUCCCUCUAUAAGUUGACUGCAACUUCAAUGACUCUAUUCCAGCAAAGCAUAUGCCUUCUAAAUAUAUAUGAGAUUGCAAAAUUUUUGAACGAGUCCAAACACCUUGAUUCUAAGAGUUUUGAGUGGAGAAUACGGAACUUUUUGAUGCAGUCCUUCAAAUAUUUUGACAAUGUUUUCCCCCUCGACCCCCGGCAGUCAAUGGUUGAGAAUAUGAUUUCUCUAAGGAGAACAGAGCUUUCCAGUGACUUGCUCCAAGAAUUCAUCCUUCAAGAUACUAACAGCAAAGGUCUUUUGAGCUAUGGACAAAUUGGAAGGACGGUCAUGAUAUUGCUUGCAUCUGGAGGACAUUCUGAAGAUCUAUACAAGAAAAUUGUUGGAAGAAUUCCAACAGAACCAUGGAAAUCAUUCAUGGAAAUUCUCGGCUGCAAGAAAUCAACAGAACGCACGGAAGAAUCUGUGUCUGUCAAUGCCAUUUGUGAAGGCAAAACUUUGGAGUCUCAUGAAGCUUUUUCAUCAAGCAAUAGUGAUCUUGAGUGCUCUCAAAAGUCUUUAAAUAACCCAAGUGAAGUUCUGGAGCUUGUAUUUGUUCAGAAAUUUAAUGAAGCUUUACAAGAUACCUUCAAUGCAAAUUGGAUCAGACUAAAUGACUACAUAUCCCCGGGUUGUUUCCUGUAUCUUGUUGAGCGCUUUUUGAUCUUGGUGUCGCAGCGCCGGGGAUCCUUUUUCACCACAAGAUCUUCAUUGGUGGAAUGGCUUAUUUCUGAACAAUCUGAGGUCUUACCCACUUCCAGGCUUGCAAUCAACUCGCAGUCUUUGGAAAAUUUUUAUCAUUCCAUUCUUUUGAUGGUGAAACAAUUCAUUUUCGAUAAAGUUGGUACUGUUGAAUGGAUUUCGCGAUCGAAGAUUAGCUUUAAUGCAUACUAUAAGCUAUUUGUUUUGAGAUUGGUUGUUAUCCUGUGCUUACUGUGUGUGAACUGUGGCAAGUACUAUGAUGUUCUUUUCCAAGUGCUCAGUAACAAUGAUGUUAGGAACCAGCUUCCAAAGUACUUCUAUGGCGUUCUUCGACAAGGAAUGAAGCGCAAUUACUUUCAGACAAGUGAAAUUGGAGAAGCUUUUCGAAAUGCUAGUGAUCCUCUUUUGUUUGUCAGUCUGGGUGAGAAUGAUACCAGGAAGUAUUCUAAUGUCAUUCCAGUGCAGCUGGGAACAAACUGCAAUAGAGAAGACAUUAUUGACUCCCUGUUUCCGGCAAGAAUUGGGUUGCAAACUCCUAAUACCACUGUUCCAAAAGUCAUGACUAAUCCUUUCACUACUCCCUCGAAUUAUGGUAAUCAACCAAAGAGUUUGAUAAUGCCAUUUUCUGAAGUCACUCCUCUGUCUGAGCAGAUUCUACAAAUGAAUUGGGCCCUAUUUCACGAAAUAUCUGAUUUUUUGAAGCUCAUUAGCAGUGAAAAUGAUGGAACUUUUGCAAAUAUAUCAGUUGUUGCUCAGAAGGUGAAGGAGGAAAUAAAUACGCAUAUCAAAUUCUUGACUGCUGCAAUUACUCUGCCUGCGGUGAAGAAGCCUUACGCUGGUGAAGACAUGAUUAAGGAACUGCACAUUAUGCUUCAGGAGCUGAAACAGCUCCAUUCAUUGCUGGAAACGAGUGAUUCAGAAGUAGCAAGCGCUGAGCAACUAUUGAAGAGCUUGCUGUCAAGGAAGCCCAAGCUUGAAACUUUACUGACUCAGUGCAUUGUACCCAAGGAUAACAAUGAGAACGUCACACUAGAGAAUGAUUGUGAGGAAAAAGGCAACACAGAGUGCGGUGAAGUUGAGAAGAUUGAGUUGCCGUCUGCCACCACCAAUGUUGAAAGCAAUAAUCAGGUUGCUGAAAGGAAGCAGACAGGGAAAGGGAAUAAGUCCAGGAAACCCAAAAAGGGAAAAGGAAAAAAGAAGUGAAAACUAGCAUGCAACAUUAUCAUAGAAAGGAUAGCUUCAGGGCCCUCAGUUUUACGAUUUUCAAUACUUUUUGUACAAUCUACGUGCUGUGAAUGUAAAGGAAGGUGAAGUGAAUUCUUUUAUAUCCUUUUCUGGUGUGAAAAAUGGAACAGUAUUAGAAACUGUA